AAAUCCUUACAGCUGUUGGAAGGGAUGCUAACAACAACAUGUAUCCAAUUGCAUGGGCCAUAGUUGAGAUUGAAAAUACAUCUUCCUGGCAAUGGUUUUUGGAGUUGUUGAAGCAUGAUUUGGAAAUUGAUGAUAGCAGCCCCUGGACAGUCAUAAGUGAUCAACAAAAGGGUCUUACCAAUGUCAUCCAGAGCUUACUCCCUCAAGAUGAACAUAGAAAUUGUGCAAGACACAUUCAUGCAAACUGGAGCAAGAACCACAGAGGGAAAUUCAUGAAGCAGUUGUUCUGGAUGUGUGCUAGGUCCACAUGUGAGGCACAACUUCAGGAGUGGCUUCAAGAGCUUCAAAAAAGGACCCUGCUGCAAAACAAGAUUUGGAAAUAUAUCCUUUCAAAAACUGGUGCAAAGCCUUCAUUAGGACUUCUGUGAAAUGUGAUGCAGUUGACAACAACAUGUCAGAGGCUUUUAAUCGUACAUUGGUGGGGUGUAGGAGCAAACCCAUCAUUCCCAUGCUAGAAGACAUAAGGAUUCAAAUGAUGCAGAGAAUUGCUAAGAAGAGGGACCUAGC